AUGUCUGCUACAACAGCAUCCUCUCACCACCCUCAACAUCGCAACCCCUUCAUCCGCUCCGCGCCCAAGAAGGACAUGUCCAUCACCCAGACCUACUACCUGGCCCACAAGGCCCGGGCAAAGCUCUCGCGCGAGGCCGCCCAGCCCGACCACGACCUCCGCCUGCUCGUCGGCCACGCCAACCUGCUCGACUCGCUGAUGCUCGAACUCGCCGAUGCCGAGCGCGAGCAGGAGCGGUGGUUCAACCAGUCGGUCCGCGGCGCCAGCAAGGCGCCCGCCCGCCACGUCCAGUGGGCCGACCGUGUCGAGGAGCGGUCCGUUGACCACUCGUCUGACGACGACUCGGACCUGGACGAGGAUGACGAGUACAACGAGGACGACUUUGAAAUGGCAAAUGCAGUGCCCGUGCGGACGCCAGCCCUGCUCCGCGAUGACGAUGACCUCGAGGAGGACUACGCCCACCUCGAGCUUGUGCGGACACCCUCGCACUCCAGCUCGCCGCCGGACCUGAUGGACCCGGACUCGGACACUUCCGACGACGAGUCGAUGCCGCCCUCGCCAGCCGAUGCCGCGCUGCCAUACAGUGAGAAGGAGGCCAAGAGCGACCCCUCAGCAGAGGAUGCUCUCGACGGCGAAGAGUACUACAUAUCGCGGCGGAACUCCACCGGCCUGGUCUCGGCCAUAUCGGUCUACUAG